AAGACAUUAGGCCAGGACGACAGCAGCUAUGUCCGAAACUGAACGUCGGCGGCGAAGAGCCCCUAUUUCUUGUACACUGUGUAGACGGAGGAAGAUCAAAUGCGAUAGAGGCAUGCCAUGCAGUAACUGCGUCCGUUCCAGAAAUGGAACGUGCGCUUACGACGACGGCGUCAAGAUCAGCCCUUCUCUACAAUCACGCCAUAGUGAUCGUGGUGCUCAUGCUGGGAUUCCGGCAACGUUGGUCUACGAAUCUACGACGACGCCCACCGAGAGUCCUUCCAGCGCAACCAGCCCAGCAUCCGCUCCUGGCCAUCAGUCAAGGAGUAUCGUGGCAGCCUCAACAGCUGCAUCGACAGUUUCAAGCGAUUCCGUAGCGCUAUCUCGCCAUGGAGUCACCACUUCUGUCGUCGAGCGUCAGGCUUUUAUGGAAACAUCGCAAUCUCGUCUCGCUGGCGUUUUUCAUGUCCAUCAUGAGAGCUCACUGCCGGGCCAGGCUCACGUAACCCGAAGUGUGGGGCAUAAAUCACGCCUUUUUGGCCAAAGCCAUUGGAUCAAUGGAGUUAUACUCUUUCAUAAGCUUUUCGACAAGAUGGAGCCAUUAGUUCGAGAAGAAAACUCGAAAGCUUUUGCUGGCAUGCAAAAAUGUAAAGCUCUGGCGAAAGUUAUCAAGUCGCAGCGAGAACCACAGUGGCCACCAGUGAUUGCAGGCCUGCCUUCAAAAGAUGUUUCCGAUGAGCUCAUUGACUGUUACCUUAACACGAGUGAGAACCUCUACCGAAUUCUUCAUGUACCUUCUUUCAGAAGAGACUACGAGGCCUUCUGGAUUCAAGAUUCUGCACCUGAUCCGGUAUUUAUGAUCCAACUCAAAUUGGUUCUGGCAAUUGGAUCCAUUACCUACGACAAUAAUUUCUCCCUGCGCGCAUCCGCCAUUCAACUGGUCUACGAAGCCCAACAUUCGCUUUCCAAGCCGGAUUACAAGUCACAGCUGAACAUUCGAUAUCUACAAGCAAACCUUUUACUUCUACUUGCCCGAGAAAUAGUAGGUGUGAGUGAAGAUCUGAUUUGGAUUACGGCUGGGGCGGUUCUCAGAACAGCAAUAUAUAUGGGACUUCAUAGAGAUCCUGCUGGAUUCCGAUUAUCAAAAAGAACAGCUUUCGCUACUGAGAUGCGCCGAAGAAUCUGGAACACGGUCCUGGAAAUGUGUCUCCAAUCGAGCAUAACUUCUGGGGGACCACCCCUCAUUUCCCUCCAAGAAUUCGAUACUUUGCCGCCCAGCAAUCUUGACGAUGACCAGUUGACCGUCGCCGAAGAACCAGUGCCCAGACCAGAGCAUGAGUUCACUCAAGUAUCCGUUGCUAUAGCCCUUCGAAAGACACUUCCUGUCCGCCUGGCAAUUGUGAAGUCCUUAAAUUCGCUCCGCAGUGGAACUUACCAGGAAACACUACGUUUAGAUGCAGAGUUCAGGACAUCGUACAUGGAACUACGUCACACCUUCCAACGAUUCUCAAACAAUGGCACUCCUCCUUCUACAUAUGACAUCCGUGUAGUGGAUUUUAUCACGCAUCGCUAUCUCUCGGCCCUCCACAUCCCAUUUCUUGGCCCCGCGCUAAGGGAGACAAUGUAUGCAUAUUCCAGAAAAGUAGUGAUUGAGACGUCUCUCAAGAUCUGGUGCGCAGCUCAUCUAUCCUCGGCAGCGCUUAUGGCCCGCGACAGUACGUCAACGCCAGAGAAAGAUAAUUUAGCACGACUGACUAUUUGCGGCUCUGGAUUCUUCCGCACCGUUACGCUACAGGCGAGCCUUCUCAUAGCAGUAGAGCUCCAGGCCCAGCUACGUGAGGAGGAAGAUUCAGGUCCUGUUCCCCUUCGACCCGAUCUCUUUUCCGUGUUGAAAGAUGCACAAGCGUGGUCCUUGCGGUGCGUUGAGGUCGGGGAAACUAACUUCAAAGGUUAUUUGUUGAUGUGUGUUGUUGUUGCACAGAUCAAAGGGCUUAUACAAGGGACGGCGAACGAAAAUUUUGCUGAGCUGUUAGUGCAGGCUGCAGAGGAAGCGGCGCAGACAUGUCUGCCUUUGUUGGAAGACAGGGCGACUCGGGAACAGGCCAAUGGGGCUACAGAGGAUAUCUACAAUGUCAUCCCGAAUCAGCCUCAGGCUGAUGUUAUGGAGGACUGGGACUUCAUGAUGUCAGAUGUGCUGUUCAAUUACGGUGCAGUCGAUCCUAUGAGCUGGGGGUUGGAUGAGAUGAUAUCACAUGAGUCAGUAGCAUACUGACGAGGCGCCCAAAUAGCAUAGCAGCAGCAGAGUGCAAGUGCCUCGAAGACAUUUCUCUCAUUGGGAAUGCUAGAAGCAGGUGAGAAAUGAGAAACGGGAAGCAUCUUUGAGAUUCCGAUCACCAUAAUACAACUGGGCUUACUCGCAAUAACAGGCAUC